AUGACUUCAACUAUCCCUACCUCCAAGCCAGAUGUUCAGAUCCCUCCCCUGGACUUCGAAACCCGGGAAACCCUUGUCACCGCCUGCACGACUCCUCUGCGCAAGCGCAAGUGCAAGGGCAAGAGGUGCGUGAUCUGCCUCGAAGCCUUCAAAGGCACGUUCGACGACGACUCGUAUUUGGUAGUGACCCACUGCCAUCACGUCGCCCACAAGUUCUGCCUUGUGGACAGGGCCUACAGUGACACCAAAUGCCCACUUUGCCGCGCGCAGAUCUUCGCCUCCCCGGCACAAAAGGGCUUCACGCGCAAUACGAUGCGCAAAUUCAAGAUCCCCUUCGAGGGCGGCGAGUACGUUGUUUCCGCGGUGUUGUUCUUGGAGUGGGCGGCCAGCGUUGGUAGCGAGCCGGCGGACUUUGUGCAGAUGGAGGGGUUCCGCGGGUUCUGGGACGUUGAGCAUGCUUUGGAGGACCACCUGUUGGGGUUCCAGGGCAAGCGGGUUGCUCGUGCUGUUGGUGACUGUGACUGGCAGACUGCUGCUGAGUGGUUGGGCGUGUCGGUAGAUGCUGCGUUCGAUUAG